CCAAAAAGUACGACAAAUUAAACACAUCAAAAUUAGUCUACAUCUAGCUUCUAAAUCUACGACUAGCUUAGCUUCAUUUCCAUGGAUUCAGUCGAAGUCCCUCAAUUCUUCAUAUGCCCAAUCUCCCUCCAAAUCAUGAAGGAUCCGGUCACCGCCGUCACCGGAAUAACCUACGAGCGAUCGAGCAUCGAACGGUGGCUCUUCGUCGAUAACAACACGGCUUGUCCGGUCACCUACCGCCCUGCGAAAAGAACUCGACCUUUAGUCGCUCGAGUAGAUUCGAGCUCCGCUAGUCUCCGUUACGGUCCGCUGAGGGCUUGGAUCGUGACGGAACGGAGCGAGCUGAGCUCGAAUCUACUCGAGCGACUAAAGGUCGAGUUCUUCGAGGGGGUAGUGAGAACAAUCCGCGACAGGAUAUCGCACGCCGUGACAAAGUGCGCACUGCACGUGCUCCUCAACGCGAGCCCGUGGGGCCGGAACCGGACCAAGAUGGUCGAAUCCGGUGCGGUCAACGAGCUCAUCGAGCUCGAGCUGACCGGGCCCGAUAAGAGACGGACCGAGCUGUGCCUAGGGGUGCUGCGGACCAAUCUUGUGCGGUGUGACCCGCCGACCGGUAGGCGGCCGACUUGGGUGGGCACGGGCGGGGCUGGCGGUGGUGGCCGAAUAGGAUACUGA